AUGGCCACUGAACCACUGCACGUCCUCAUCGUUGGAGCCGGUUUUGGCGGCCUCACAGCCGCCAUUGAAUGCCGCCUCCGAGGAAUGAAAGCUACCAUUGUUGAGACAUAUCCUACAAGCUUGGCCUAUGGUGAUAUCAUCGACUUCUUCCCAAAUGGCGGCAGGAUCAUCGAGAGCUGGGCCAACGGCCGUAUUGGCCGUGAGCUUAUGAUGAUCUGCAUCAACCAGGGCGAUAAAUUCAAGUACUGCAAGCCAGAUGGUACUUUGUUUUGGGAGGAGGAUUGGAUCCUGGAGCCACAUCACUACUGGAGGCAAUAUGCUGGCCACCGUGGACAGAUGCACAAGGUCAUUCUCGACUACGCCGAGGAAGUCGGUGUCCAGUUUGAGUUUGGCGAGAGCGUCGUGCAGUAUAUCGAUGACGAGAAACCUGGUGUCGAGACAGCUAGUGGCAAGAAAUUCUUCGCCGAUGUUGUUGUUGCCGCCGAUGGCCCUCGUUCUAUUGCCCGAUCCCAGGUUCUUGGGCUUCCCGACCACAAGGUCAAUAGUGGAUAUGCCAUCUUCAGGGCCUAUUUCACCUUGAAUGAGCAGCACAAAAAGAACCCGCUCUUGAAGGACUUUUGCGACCCUAAUGUUGAUAUCACUCGGCUAUGGGUUGCCAAAGAUCUCCACAUGAUUGUCUACACUUGGAACAAAGGAAAGGACCUAGGUUGGGUUCUCACACACAAGGAUACUGAGGACAUUGGCGAGUCUUGGUCAUUCCCGGGCAAGAUUGAUGAUGUCCUCGCUUGCCUCGCUGAAGGCGAGUUUGACCAGAGCCUGGUGGAGAUUGUCAAGGCCACACCGGAGAAGAACCUGGUCGACUACAAGCUCGUCUGGAGAGAUCCCCUGAAGACAUGGCUGAGUCCCUCGGCGCGCAUCGCGUUGAUUGGAGACGCGGCGCAUUGCCAUCUGCCUACUUCCGCGCAGGGAGGAUCGCAGGCGAUGGAGGACGGCGUGGCACUUGCCAUUGCGCUUAAGCGGUCCAAAGGAGACAUUCCCUUGGCGCUGCGCGUAUUUGAGAGGAUCCGGUUCAACCGAUCGCAUGUCACUCACAUGGCGUCCAUCACCGUCCGAGACGGCUAUCACACGGUGGAUUGGGAUGGCCCAGACCUGCACAAGCACCCGGAGAUUCUAAACCUCCCGCGACCAGACUGGGUCAUUGAGUAUGACAUUGCCAGCGAGUCGGAGAAGCACUUUGACCAUCUCGCGGCGGAUGUCAGGAGCUACAAGCCUGGCACUAUUGAGGAACUGUCGCUUCCGGCGGGCGGAGAUUAUAGCCCAGAGGCCAGAAAGCAUGUGCCGCCGCCGAUAACAUCGAAGCUUUGA